ACGCAGCUGUCUGUCGUUCGCUUGUUUGAUUUUCUUAAAAAUAUUGAAUAGAAAAAUGUUCUUCGAUUCCUAGUUUGUAUUUCCAGUGUCGUAAUAGUUUUAAUAUCACUAGAAAAUAAAUUCACAGAUAUUAAUUACACGAGACUAAGCGCGCAAUAAGAUUGGUUGGCUGAUACCAUUAUACUUCAUGAAUCGUGAUUGUUGAAGUGAUUUUUUUACUUUAUAUGGCAUAAAAAUAUGAAAGAAAUGAAUCCUGAGAAUAUUUCAGAACUUUUGAAACUCGCCAGGAAAUUCAACUGCUUCUAUUUAUCUGGACUGCAUCAAGGUUUAUGCAAGCCAUUCAUAGUUGCCGGCCACCAGGUGGGUUUGAUACGAUCUGAUGUCAUGAAACAUCUACACAGGUUUCCUGAGGUGUUUAGAAUUACAGGUAAACUUGUAGAAUUAAAUCCAGCAUUCCGGGACUAUAAAGAAAGAACCACGAAAGUUGCAGAUAUAUUAAUGAAACUGAGAAAAGAAAAUGAGAUAUGUGCCCUUAAAGGAUGGCGAGAUGAGUGUUUUGAAGUAAGUGCUCCAUUCUUCAAUGAAAGUUUGUUGGAAAUGGAUAGAAGUGCCAUUUGCCUUUUUGGCAUCAGAAAUUAUGGUGUCAGUGUGACUGGCUACUUGUUUCAUCCAAACAAAGGACUUUGCAUCUGGUUACAGCAACGCAGCUUCACUAAGCAAACUUGGCCUGGCAAGUGGGAUUGUUUUGUCAGUGGUGGUCUCGCAGUGGGUUAUGGUAUUCUGGAGACAACCAUAAAAGAAGCAGCAGAGGAGGCUUCUGUUGAAGGGGAGUUGGUGAAAAAGCUGGUACCAGCUGGAUGUGUUAGCUUCUAUUUUGAGAGCGAAAGAGGGCUGUUUCCCAACACAGAAUAUACUUAUGACUUAGAGUUGCCAUUAGAUUUUGUUCCAAAAAAUGCUGAUGGUGAAGUUGAGAGUUUUGAGCUGUUGACUGCUGAAGAAUGUAUCCAGAGAGCCCUAUCUCCCCAGUUUAAGACCACUAGUGCACCAGUGCUCAUAGACUUCCUCAUUAGAAAAGGAUAUAUCAACCCUGAGAAUGAACCGAAUUACCGAUAUCUGGUGGAGUUGCUACAUGUGCCACUACAAUCCAUCUACAACUGGCCAUACACUGCAGUUUCCGCAGUCAAUGGAGGUGGUGAGGAGUAAACAGUCUUAAGUAGCGUAACAUUUGCGGCGUAAAUACUUCCAAUGAAUACAUUAUAUGUAAAGAUCAAUCAAUAAUCUGUACUCUCAGUGAAACAAGAGUAACUAUUUAACCCAAUGAAGUUCAGUAUCAAUACUUUUGAGCAAUACUAAUGUGGCCUAAAAUACUAUGGGCCUUGUCUUUUACAUUAUGUAAUUAUUUAGGGGAGCUUUAAGUUAACUAAGUAAUUUUGUGUAUUCUUUAAUCAUUCAUGAGAUUGUUUGACCAAAUCCCUAUAUAAAUGUAGUGAUUUUGCUAUAUCAUUGAAGGCAUCAUGAUAGAUUUAGCUAGGUAUGGUUAAUUUCUGUGAUACUUUACCAGUUUGGUAUAAGGUAUUGUGUAUUAUUUAGUUCAAUUUAUGGCGUACGAAAUACCUAUCGGGAUUUUUAAUUAUUUAUUGACAUUUGUUUUAAUAGGUUUGCUUUUAUGAUGAAUACAUUAUUAAAAAUUAAAACUAAUUUAGAUAGCAUUAUUUGUAAUACUAAAGUUUUAAAUGAAUUAUGUGUACCUACUCAUACAAAUGAUAGAAUAUUAUUAGUGAAUAGGUGCUACUUACUAACACAGAUUAUUAUGUAGUGCUAGGAUAAGUUUAUUGGCUAAAAUGUGAGAGUGGUUUAAAAGGUAGUGAAUAACACAAACACGAAUUCAAUCUUAAAAACUGUCAUUUACCUUAAUAUGUAUUAACUGUGUCCUUUUGUAUAUUAUGUUUAAAACAUUAUUUAAUUUUGUCUAGUCAUCCGAUUAUCAUGAGGCUUGGUAAAUAUAAUAUCAGUUGCAAAUAUGCUCACCUACAACUUUUAUAAAAAUUCGAUAAUUUCCUGUCAAAUGUUUAGUUUGAGAUUUAUGUAUGUACUUCUUUAUAUUUGCAUUCAUGUUCAUGUUGUGUUGAACGAGAAUUCUACUUACAGAUAUUAUUAUCUCUGAAAAUCUGAAAACGAUGGUAUAAGUGCAGAGGAUCGAAGGUAUCCAUUACAUGCAAGUAUGUAGUGAUAGUAUUGCGUAGUAGUGAACAUUGGUAAAUUAAUACGUAUAUAGCUAACGCUAGUUGUUUGUAUCGAGUUACGUCAUUAUUACAAUUUUAUACGUUUUUAUGAUCUCGUGUUAUUGGCGAAAGAUUUUGUACCGAUGUCACAUAGUAGAUACGUAAUUAUGAAAUGUAACCGUUUACAAACUUGCGAUAUUUAGUAAUCCAAAUAGCGUUUUCUUAAAAAAUAAAAAUUUUGAAGUUAUAA